UUUUGAAUAUUGGCAGAAUAGGGCAGAUAGAAGCAAGAUCAUUCUUGGACAGGAAUGUUGUCUUUGCUUUCUUUGUGGGCUGUAGAUUUUCUCCUCCUGCCUCACCACUAAGGUACAGAUCGUUGCAAGAUAUUAGAGCUUUGAGUAUAUUGCCUUGUAUGUUAUACAUACAGUAUUUUGUAUAGCAAAAUUGUUACAUGUGUCUGUAUUUGCUAUCAACAGACUUAUAGCAUUAGUGAAUAUAAAGUUUCAUGUGUCUCAUUUUGGAAUUGAAUUGAAAAGUGAUGGCCAUCAUUAUCCAUAGAAGACAAUGAGAGAAGUAGCUCAGCAAAGAGGAAGGGGUGGAUGCACAAACUUUACUCAGAAUGCAUAUUUUUCAAGGGGUUAUGCAUAAAUUUUCCAGACAAAUCCUAAUUAUGUGGCACAGGGUGCCAUUGAGAAUUAUGCAGUUAUUCAAUGUAUUACACGAGUCAUGUAGUUGAUAAUUGAUAAUUUAUUUAACAUCCAUAACUGUUAACACAGGCACAGUUAUGGAACAAUUUUCAUUAUUGAUGUUACAGGAGCCUGACAGUGUACUUUGUUGUAAGUUAGGUCCACCCAGUUAACAUAGUGACAACCUGCUUCUGAUAUUGGAGUUGUGGAAAAAUACUUUGAGAUGAAUGAUUUAUUUAUAAAUCCAACCAAAACGCACUGCAUUUUUUUCAAACAAAGCAAUGUAGGCAGGACUAUAAAUAUAAAAUUUUAGUUAAGAAUAUGGAAAUAGAAAAUGUGAAUAGUAUAAACUUUUUGGGUGUGGAAAUAGACAGCACCUUGAGUUGGGAUGUUUAUAUUGAUAGAAUCUGCAGUGGAAUUAGUCGUAACCUGUUUUUAUUAAAUAGACUUGCUAAAUUAUUAGACCUAAAGGGUAGAAGAAUGUUGUAUUAUGGCUUGAUCUUCCCCUUUUUAUCAUAUGGAAUUGUAGUAUGGGGAAUCAGUGCUAAGGCACUUACUAAAAGAAUUUUUAUCCUUCAAAAAAGAGCCGUACGGUACACUGCUGGGCUAAAACCCUUAGAAUCUUGUAGAGACAGUUUUAUACAACUAAAGAUUUUAACAUUAUAUUCAAUGUACAUAUUUCAAACCAUUUUAUAUGCAACUAAUAAGUGUAACUGUACGGUAAAUAAACAAGUACACACUCACAAUACUAGAAACAAAAAUGACUACCAUAAAUGGGUGCAUAACUUAGAACUUUAUAACAGCAAACCUUCUGUUGCUGGCUGUAUCUUUUAUAAUAAAUUACCCAAUAGUAUUAAACAGCUUGACAAUAAAAACCAGUUUAUAAGGGAACUUAAGAAUUUGCUCAUAAAUAGAUGCUACUACUCAAUUGAUGACUAUAUGAAUGAUAAAUUCUGUAAUGCUGGAUAGUUAUAUAUGCUGCAUGUGAUAUUGCAUUACAUAUUUUGUGAAUUUGUUGGUUUAUAAUUUGUUGUAAUUUUGUUGGUUUUAUAACUCGUUUCAUGAUAUAUGUCCUACUUUAAUGUGGUCUGAUCUGUGAUAUGGGUAAAUAUGAAUUAAUUAAUGUAUAGAUAAUUCUGAAUUAUUGGAAUUGUUACGUGUUUGAUGUAAAUACUCAUUGCAUAUUUGCGAGUUUAUUGGUUUUGAUCUUAUUGUAUAUUGCUAAUUUUAUAAUUUAUUAGAGUGAAUGAAUGUUUGGAUAAAUUUUGUUAUGCUGCAUAUUGAUAUAUGCUAGAUAUGAUAGUCAUUACAUAUUUUGUGAUUUUAUUUGUUAUGAAUUCUCGUACCUUGCUAAUUUUAUAAUUUAUUACUUGUGUCAUGUUCUACACCUGUGUGGUCCGAUCUAUAGAUAGUAAAUAUUGAAUAUAUGAAUGUAUGGAUAAACUAUGAUAUAUUAGAUUAUGAUACAUGCUAGAUGUAAAUAAUCAUUACAUAUCUUGUGUGUUUACUGGUUUAGAAUCUACUGUAUUUUGUUAAUUUUAUAAUUUAUAUUAUGUGACAUGUCCUAUAUCAAUGUAAUCUGAUCUACAGGAUGAAUAAACAUGAAUGAAUGAAUGGAUUCAUUUUAAUAUUAUUCUUCUAACGCUUCUUGGGUGAACCAGUUAGUUUCUUCCUCAGAGGACUUCAAGCCAAAAUUAAGUGAUCCUGUUAUUGACUGCAUGAUGGCAGAAUACUGUGAAUUUGAAUGGAGUCGUCGGCAUAUUGAUAUUUUGAGUGCAUCUUCCUCAAAGGCUGAGUCAUUAAAUGGAAUUGAAGACAAAUCACUACUCAUCCAGGCAGUUCGAAAUUUAAUUUCUUCUCGACCAGAAAUAGAAUUUCAGCAAACUGAUGACAACUUUAUCUUGCGAUUCCUUAAUGCCAGGAAGAAUAAUGUUCCUGACAGUUUUGAAUUGAUGGCUAAUUACUACUCCUACCGGCAGAGGAACAGACAGCUGUUUGACAACUUUGUUCCACAAGACAUAGGGAUACAACAGGCUCUGCGUGAUGGCUUCCCUGGAGUGUUACCAGAAAGGGAUCGGAAGGGACGCUGUGUUCUGGUGAUUUUCACAGCCAAUUGGGACCACUGUGCAUACUCUCUUGAAGUAAUUUAUCGUGCCCUUUUGCUCACUUUGGAGCGACUGAUCGAAAAGCAACGUAAUCAGUUGAAUGGCUUUGUUGUGGUGGUGGACUGGAGUGAGUUUUCAUUCAGACAGUCCUCCAGUCUGAACCCACGGGUCCUGAAGCUAAUGAUAGAGGGUCUUCAGGAUUGUUACCCUGCUCGGUUUAAAGGGAUUCAUUUCAUCAGUCAGCCCUGGUAUGUGGAGGCAGCCCUCACUGUUAUACGACCAUUCCUGAAGGAGAAGACCAAAGAUAAGAUAUUUCUUCAUGGGAACAAUCUCAGCACUCUUCAUGACUAUGUUGCGAAGGACAUCUUGCCAGCAGAGCUGGGAGGUGAGGCUCCCAGUUACAAUCCACUUUUGUGGGCCAAUGAAAUGCUGGAACUGCCUUCUGUGGAUAAAGUGUGUGGCAUGUCCUUCAGUGAUGUGUGCUGCCCAUCACCAGAGAGGAAAGCUGAAGCAGCAGUUACCAAUUCUAAUUCAAGAGAUAAUAAGCCUGUUGAAGAGAAGAAUAGUUGCCUACAAGGGAAUGAACCAGCAUUGUCUUAGUGAUAACAUUCCUCUUUUCUUUAUUUUUUAUUUUUUUGAGGGGAGGGGGGUUAUCUUUUAACACUGAUAUCAGGGGUCAAAACUUCAGUUUCAAGCAUAGACCAUUCCUUCAGAAUAUCAUGUGACUUUUCCUUUUAAUGUAAUGGUUUUAUGGAAUUAUUAUAAUAAGGCUCCAUACUCUUGUCAUAUUUUUAAAAGACAAAGUGACACAUUGUGUAACACUGUAGAGAAUUAGCAGUAUUAUAUUAUCAAGUGUCAGUGAAUAGACACAGGGUUUGGAUUGAGUGUUGAAACUAUUGAAUGCUUAGUGCUUGUAACUACUAAUAAUUACAGCACUUCCACAGUUCUGCACACUACAGGUAUUUCAGUCUGCUUUGUCUUCACUGAUCAUUGCCAAGUUGUGGCUUCAGACAGUGGAGAUUUCUGUUACUGCUUUUGUGCUCAACAGCUGCUGUCUUUGCGGGCUGACAACUGAACAUGAGCCUGGGGCAUGGGGGCAAGGCAGUAAUAUUUGCUGCUGGCCUUUGCCAGCACAGUCAUUCUUAGUUUUGGGACCCAUGACCAUAUUUUUGUUCUUCCCAAGACCAUUUAUGUGUUCUGAAACAGGCCCUCCUCUGUGAAGAGAGGAGAGGAAUUGGACUUUCCUGUGACUGCUCUGAGAAGAGCAGUAAUUUUCUGCUCAUCUUCACCAGCACAAUAAUUCUUGGUUUCAGGCCAUGUCAGGACCUGUGACCAUAUUUUUGUUCCUUCCAAGACAUCUACAUGUUCUGAAAUGGAGAGAUGACGAGAGGAAGGGUUGGUGCAGUGAAGCAGUUAUGCUUACUGUUUAAUUUGUUUGGUGCCGAAAUUUUGAGCCCUGUUAUCACAGUCCUUUCAUGUCAGGACAUUAGCUGUUAACUGACCUGUUCUUUAUAAUCUCCUGUCAGUGUUUAGAAGUUUUAAGAUUUGGAUGUAUGGGACUAAUGUAUCUCUGUAGAGUAUAACGUUUCUUAUUAAUAUUUAUUGCUCAGGACCAUUUAUAAAAGCAGAAAAGUGUGAUAUGACAUGCACUAGAACCAUUAUAAGAAGUUUUUCAAGGGACCAGUUUUUUUAAUGCAUAUUGUAGGAGAGUUUUAGUAUUACCCUCGUAGUGAAUCUGUGCAGAGAAAAUAGACAGCAGACACGUGUAAUGAAUAUACAAAAGUUGCACACAUUUCUAUAAACCGUGAAUUGACCAAUAGAACAAAAUGUAAUUAAUGUUACUUUUCAUAUUAAUUUGCAGUUGUUACUAUAUAAUUUCUGGUAUGAAUGCUGUACUUUCUUGUAUACAAAUCAUAGUUACGAAGAUAACCGGAGUAAAAGUAGACUUCAGUGUAAAGGAUUACUUUUGGUGGUGAGGGGGGCAGGUGACAUUAACUAAGAGAUGUGUAAGUAUUUUGCAACUAUUAGAGAUUAAGUUUUAUAAUGAAGCUUUAAGAAAUUUGUAAGAAAGAAUGAAAUAAUUCAGCUACUGGAGAAACUCCUCCUUAUAGGAGGAGAAAGAAUGGAGAAGUCUCUGUGACAGGACAACCCAUUCUUUUGAAAAUGUCAUUAAAUUUGUACACUUUUUUCUGUCCAGCUCAUUGUGGGUCCUUUUGUUGGUUUUCUCCCGUUUAUUCUCACUACUACUGUUACUCUGCGACUUCUGGUUGUUUUCAAUUCUGUUGCACCUUCUCCCGAUAAUUUUGGGUGUUAUAUACCCUCUUUGAAAACAAGUUUGGUAAAUAAGUGAUUUAUACAUAAUCAGUUUAAGGGAAAGUAGUAUUGGAUAUUCCAGGGAAAUGAAGAAAAUUUCAUAUGGACUAACAAAUUGGGCCUUAAAAUGACUUUUGUAGCCUUAAGUUCUUAUGUGGAUUUUGCUGUGUAAAGCAAGGGAACAUGGGCAAUGGAGCACAUGUCAUACUAUGCACCUUGUGCUCUUAUUUUUCUGUAAUCCUUUCUUUUCAGGUAUUUUGAAAAUGAACAUAAGCAAUAUUUUUGUUCCUCAUACCAGAUUAACACAACUGCUGCAUGGAGUUGAUGCAAGUGUUCUACACACUGUAGCAGCAUGUUCUUUUUGAUACUUUUCUUAAUUUUUGAACCUCAUGAAAAUGUACUGAAAAGAGUAUAUAUAUUUCUGACAUUCAUCAUUGACCUUAGCAUUCAUUUAAUGCAGAUACAAACUAACCAUACUAAAGCUAUCACUCUGCACAGUCAGAAAUUACUUUUCCCUGUAUUUCAUUAAUUAAUCACCACAUGAAAGAGGUUUCAGACUCAAAUUGUAGAUCUUAAAAUAUCAGAUCUAUAUUUUAUAUAUUGUUGAAAGUUUU